CGUCCAAAGAUGGCAGCCUCCGUGUGGAAGCGGUGUGUGACUGCAGCAGUCAAAGUUAAAUGUUUAUCUCCGUCUAUUUCAGCCAGAAGAUGGUUGCUGUCAGCGGCUUACACAGAUGCAAAAGUGUGGGAGGAAAGAGAGAGAGAGAAAGAUCCUCAAAACCUGGCCACACUGGCCAGCAUUAUGAACAGAACAUAUGAAAAGAAUCUCCCUGUUAGCUCUCUCACUGUGUCACGGUUUGUUGACAACAUUUCAUCUCGAGAAGAAAUUGAUCAAGCAGAGUACUACCUUUACAGGUUUCGUCACAGUCCAAACUGUUGGUACCUGAGAGACUGGACCAUUCACAGCUGGAUCAGACAGUGUCUGAAAUACGAAGCCAGGGAGAAGGCCCUGUAUACAGUUAAAAACAAGGUCCAGUAUGGAAUAUUCCCAGAUGACUUCACCUUCAACCUGCUCAUAGAUUCUUACAUUAAGGAUGGAGACUUUAAAAAUGCGUGCUCUGUGGUUGAAGAGGUGAUGCUUCAGGAGGCCUUAGACCUUCCCUCCACACAGAUCCUCUCUCUGUACGCUCUGGGCACUUACCUCGCAGGCAGACCACAACUCACUGUGUCAGAGGAGCGGGCGCUGGGAGCAUCGCUGCUCAUCUGUGGAAUGACGCAAGACAGCACUGCUGGCCUCAGCGCUCAGCUGCUUGGCAAUGCUCUGCUAGGAAAGGUGGAGAUGUCGAAGGGCAUACAUGCCGUCUUCAAAGGGAUGCCUCUCUUCUGGGGUCGUGGGUAUCUGGGCCGAGCGCUGGAUGUCAUGGAGAAAGCUGCUUCCGGUGAUGUCAAGCUGUCCAAAGACGCACUGGACUACGUGAAUGGCUUGCUGCAGGAGCUGUCUUCCGCCUCGGACACGGACUCAUCUGGAGAGGAGUCAGCAGGUGAGGAGGCCAAGAAAGAAGACGCCGUGGAUGAAGAUGACCAGGCAGAGCAGGCUAAGCUACCUCAGUACGCCGGCAGGUUCAAGGAGCUGAGCAGCCAGCUGGACUCACAGGGCAAAGUGGACCCCACCUCCUUCCAGGCUUUAGUGACGGCUCUGGCUCAGCAGAACCUGGCGGCUGCAGAGAAAAGAGACUUGGAGCAGUACGAGAUACGGGUACAGGCCUGGGAGGCCGAGACGAGGCACCUGAUCCAGAGAGAGAAGGAGAUGAAGGAGAGGGCCGAGCAGGAGAAACAGGAGCGACUGGCUGCCAAGGCUGCAGCCCAGCAGGGGUAGAGUCUCUGAAGCUGAAUCAACAUCACUGAACUGUCCAUUCAGUAUGUACGUUAAAAUUGUGUAUACAUGGAAGAUCAUAGGAGUCUCAAAAAUUGUGAAAUGUCAACAUUGUCAACGUUACAUCUGCUCGUGUCAUUAUUACUUUUAUAUCUGUUAAUUAUUGUGCACCUAUGUGUUUAAGUAUUGCCCUGUUUUUGUAAAAUUAAAUAGGGCAAAUCUAAAUAUAUAUUUGUCAAAACAAAAUUGAUUUUCAUUUGAUAUUUAUUUGCAUUGAUCAUUCAGUCUCACAUUUAUUGUUUUCUGUCGUGGACUGUGGGAUGAUAUCAUUAUUGGAACAAAUGCACACAUAAAUCCUGAAGCCUGAUGGUCAGGUGGCCCCUCGUAAGCAAAAAGAAGGGAAAGCUGGGGAAAGAUCCCACUCCUUUUCCUCUCUGCCUGCAGUCAUGUGUGUUUUCUGUGUAUGUGUCUGUAGCAUCUUUGGAAGAUUUCUCACAGGGGAUUGAAAGGAGUAUUGCACCGAUGAAAUGCUGAUAACUGUAGGAACAGACACAAAGUUCACACAGUGUGAAAAAGUGAAAAGAUCAGCAUGAGAGUGCAGCAUUAGCGCACGUUAACUGGCAAACUGAGUAAAGCCUGAGUUGUUUUGACUGCGCAGGAAGAUAAGAUAAUAGAUCUUUGGAGAAGAAAAUGCCGUUGUGGUAGUGCACGUAAUGCAUUCAAUCCACAUUAUGUUGCAGCUAUUCAGUAUUCAGAGCAUGGUCUUGGGAAACAGCCUGGUAUGCAGUCCAGGAUGAAUGAGCAGCACAGAAUGCUACAACAAGAGCCAUUGUGACACCCAGGCUCCUUACUGACUGCAGCGCUUCACUCAUAGUCAGUAUUCUCCUAUAUCAGCAUCAUAGAUGUAAUUUAGCUGAAAGAAAAUAUCAUUAGUCAUAUUUAGUCCCUUCUGAAUAUCAUAAUACAAAACCGAUAUUUUUGAAGAAAGUACUAGAGUCUUAACGAGCUAACACACAUCUGAAGGUUUGAUCUGGUUUGAAACUAGCAGGUUAGAAUAGUUAAGGAAGGACUUAAUUGCCAAUUUGGUAAUCAAUGAAUAAAUAAUGGAUGCAUCUCAGUCCUGUUCUGGAGCGUUUGUAUCGCCUCAUCAGCGGAUUAAACUCAUUUCUCAUGGAAAUGUAGUCUGAGCACCUCUAGGACUUCUUUUUUUAUCAGCCUGUAGACAGUGAUGCUACAGACACGUCACUGAACACAUCAACAGCCACAGGUUGAGUUUUUCAAAAGCUUUUAAUACAAUUGAUACUAUCAAAUGUAAAAUUAAUGAAGAUCAUAUCGUUAAAAAAAAAACAAAGUAUUGAUACAAACUGCAGCGAUAUUUGUGCAUAUCCAAAAACCAGCUGAUAUCCAAGUCUGUCAUGAUGUUUAAAAUUAAGCGUGUUCCUUCCGACCAGAUAUGUCGACUUUUCUUUUGUGCAUGUGUCUCUUCCUCAGCCUUGCAAACUGUUGGCUUUAUAGAUUACAGGGCUGACUGUGAACAAGCAAGAGGCUGCGUGUCACAAACUGCAGUAGAACACCCAAACUGAGGCACAAUGCGCUGUAUGCAUGUCUAAAGAAUGCUCCUACAACCUGAAAA